AUUACGGCGGAGCUGGAGCUGGUAGACAAAGAACGUAUAUUACAUUGACACUAAAGAUGAAAACAACGUGUUUCUAACUUUUCAGUAACUUUCAAUCCUGUUUCUGAGAAAAAAUGCCGUUCUUUAUAAAAUCAAAAGGAAGGAAACAAUCGAAGUCAAAGACAAAACAGAGACCACAGGUGUCACUAAGUGGAGCUCCCUCUAAAAAGAAGAGAAAGAAGUUACGACUGCAGAAUGAAGAAAUAGAAAGUGAAUCAGAAAUUGAGAGUGAUGAUGGUGGAAAGAAAACAGAGGUGGUAUCAUCUUCAGAUGAGGAAGAGACAGCACAAGAGAAAAAGUUACGACUCGCUAAAGAAUAUCUGGCCAGUUUGGAACAAGAAGAGGCUGAGAAGAGAGAACAAGAUGACAUUCACAGGGAUAUCAUUUCACAUAGAUUAAAACAAGACCUGCUGGAACAGACAGGAAAAUUACAGAAAACAGUAGCUGAUGAGUACAUGCAGCCUUCUCUGGAGGACAUUACCGUACUGAGGGGACAUCAGCUGACCGUUACGUGCGUGGUUAUCUCCCCUGACAAGGAAUACGCCUUCAGUGGCUCCAAGGACUGUAGUAUUAUCAAAUGGGACGUGGAGGAGGGUAGAAGACUCCACACGAUACACGGCGGGAGGAAGGGUACGGAGGACACACACAACGGUCACACUGACCACGUCCUGUGUCUGGCCAUGUCCUCGGAUGGCAAGUUCCUGGCAUCAGGAGGCAAAAAUAAGUUUGUGUUGCUUUGGAAUCCAGACAACUGCCAACUUAUCCAUAAAUUUACAGGCCACAGAGAUUCAAUCUCAGGCCUGGCUUUCAGAAUUGGAUCUCACCAGCUGUUCAGUGCCUCACACGACAGAUCAGUCAAAAUCUGGAAUGUGGACGAGCUGGCUUACAUAGAGACGCUGUUUGGACACAGUGAUGCAAUUACUGGCAUAGACAGUUUAAUUCGAGACAGAGCCAUUACUUCAGGGGGACGAGAUGGAAGUAUACGAAUCUGGAAAGUGGUGGAGGAAUCACAACUCGUGUUUAAUGGAGACCCGGGAUCGAUAGACUGUGUAGCCUUCAUCAAUGAAUCCAACUUCAUAUCAGGUGCUGAUAACAACUCAUUGUCACUAUGGUCCAUGAUGAAGAAAAAGCCCACAGUGACUGUGAAGAAUGCCCAUUGUGGACAAGACCAUAAUGGUAACACUAGCAGGGAGACAAACUGGAUUACUGCUGUGGCUGCCCUCCAUAACACAGAUCUAGUGGCUUCUGCAGGGUCUAAGGAUGGAUGUAUUAAGCUUUGGAAGACUGCCAAAAACAACACAGCACUACAACCCUUGUUUUCAAUACCAAUGGAUGGUUUUGUGAACUGUCUUCAGUUUUCGGUAGAUGGACAGAUUCUGGUGGCAGGGGUGGGUCAGGAACACAAAUUAGGUCGAUGGUGGCGGAUCAAAGACGCUAAAAAUGGAAUUAGAAUUAUCAAAUUGAAAAAGAAACAUCUGUGAAAAUGUGAAAAGACACAUUACCUUGUACAAUAUAUACAUAUUUAGAAACAGCUUUAUUGAUGUGAAAAGCAACAUUGACCGCAAAGUAAUUGUGUCUGGAACAUAUACAUGUAUCUAGUAAUAAAAGAAAAU